UUUUUUUUGCCCUGGCUUGUUGGUUCAACUUAACCCCAUACCCUCUUGCUCAUCUUUUGUCUCUCCACUUCUCUAUCUAUUUGUUCAUCUCACCCUCUUCUCCCUCUCCCUCCCUCUCUCUUGUCCUUUCUAAAUCUAAUGCCCUAUAGACCAACCCCUUCUAUCUCCAAUUAACCUUCGAAGAAGCCAUGAUUGCCAAAAAUCCUAACGGAAAUACCGCGGUUAUCCCGCUUCUGAUCAACAACGAGUCUUCUGUGACCGAGACGAUAUUUGACGUCACGAGCCCCGCGACGGGUGAGGUGAUUGACCGUUGCGCCGGAGCAACAGUCGAUGAUGCCAACCGUGCUGUCGCGGCCGCGAAGGCCGCCUUCCCCGGAUGGAGCAAGACCAAGCCGUACGACCGCAGGGAUAUCCUCAUUAGGGCCGCGGAUAUUAUGCUCUCCCGGAAAGAAGAAUUGAUUCGGUAUCAGAUGGAGGAGACAGGUGCGGGACGUAUGUUUGUGGAGAAAACAUUCAUGCUGGGAGUCGGGUUCCUGAAGGACUUCGCGGCGCGAAUCCCGUCUAUCGAGGGUACAGUGCCGUCCGUUUCGGAAGAUGGAGAGUGCGCAAUGGUCAUCAAGCAGCCAUAUGGCGUAGUACUAGGAAUUGCGCCUUGGAAUGCUCCCUACAUCCUUGGAACCCGUGCAGUUGCUCUACCCCUCGCCGUAGGUAAUACAACCAUUUUGAAGGGAUCAGAGCUGUCCCCAAAGUGUUUUUGGGCAAUCGGAGACAUCUAUCGCGAAGCUGGUCUUCCUGCGGGAUGUCUCAAUGUCCUUUACCACCGUCCCUCGGACGCAGCGGCGGUCACGAACGCCCUCAUCGCUCACCCGGCUGUGCGCAAGAUCAAUUUCACCGGUAGCACCACAGUGGGCUCAAUCAUUGCGUCCACUGCCGGCAAAUAUACGAAGCCGGUACUCCUCGAACUGGGAGGCAAAGCCUCGGCCAUCGUCUUGGACGAUGCCAACCUGGAAAAGGCCGCCAUGUGCUGUGCACUGGGAUCCUUUAUGCAUUCCGGACAAAUCUGCAUGUCGACGGAACGCGUUAUAGUACAGCGGUCUAUUGCAGACAGGUUCAAGCAAAUGAUGGCGGAGGCGGUGGAGAAAGUAUUUGGCAAGCACGGGCCGGCAUUGGUCCUCGUUGCCCCUGCUGCAGUCAAAAAGAACAAGGAGCUGGUAGAGGAUGCGCUUGCCAAAGGCGCCAACCUUGUCUAUGGCGACACCGCAGCCAUUGACCUGAACAACAGCAGCAUGCGACCUGUGAUCGUUGGAGAUGUCGCCAAGAACAUGGACAUGUACUUCACGGAGUCGUUUGGCCCGACUGUAUCCCUCAUUGUCGUUGACAGCGAGGAAGACGCUGUGACACUGGCCAAUGACACGGAGUACGGCCUUACUUCGGCGGUAUUUACGGGUAACCUGUUCCGUGGUCUCAGGGUUGCCAAGCAGAUUGAAGCAGGAGCUGUACACAUAAACUCUCUGACCGUGCACGACGAACCUGUUCUUCCCCAUGGCGGCUGGAAGAGCAGCGGAUACGGUCGCUUCGGAGGAACCUCCGGUUACGACGAGUGGCUGCAAACCAAGACGAUUACUUGGGUAGAAUAAGGCAAGAGCGCAGACUGCACCGACUCGUAGCGCUCAACGAUCCCUGGUCGGGUUUGUAAUUGGAGGCCUUUGGGAAGUUGUCGUCCACUAGGAGGACGAAUGAGAGGCCACAUGAAGUAGACCGAUGCCAAUAGUUCGAUAUUGGGACCAUGGCUGGCAUUAUUACAGCGAAGGGGACUGGACUGGACUGGACUGGACCCUUGAUCGAAAUACCCACUCAAUGCAGGGUUCAGUAAAGCCCAGCAAUACGAAGCACAUCAUCUUAUUUGGC